CAACACCGCGUUUUUUAUACAGUUCUUUAAAAUUUAAACAUUUAAUUUUCGACUGAUUUUCGUUAAAGAAAAAAAUGAUGUGUCGUGAAAUUCUUCAGUCACCCUUGUGAAGUGGACCCAAGGAAAUGAAACGAAUUUAUUUAACGAAUGCUAUAUAAAGCAUAUUUCAAUCUUUGAGUGAUGACGAGUAUCAUGUGUUGUUCUGAAAAUUCAAGUUAGUGUAUUUUCAAAACGUGUAAGAUUUCUUGUAUCAUUGAGUUUUCCACUUACACAUUAUAAUUACCAGAUAAUGGCAUUCCGACAAGUAUUGAAAUCUAUCAUCAGAACAUCGAGACCUAUCUUGUAUGCUUCGACAACUAUGUUCAUCGAUAGUACAUCCACAGCAAAACCAUCUGCGAACCAGAAGCUGACAUUAGAACCUCCAGAUGUUAAAAAUUUGUCAUAUGAUUACAUGAUAAAGCAGUCAACAAUAGAUUCAGUAAAUACCGCUUCACAAAUGUUAACAGUUACAUAUUCUGCAAUUGAAACAGCUAGUAAAGAAUACAGGAUUAUUUUAUCGAGACUAAUAGCCCUUUUACAAGAAACAUUAAGUUAUGAAGUAGGUGAUACUCACUGGGAUAUGAUAGUUGCACUACGAGCUGAGGUUCAACUCAAAAAGCAAAUUGUCACACAAUUAGUUGGCUUUAUGGAAUAUAUCCAUAAGAUGGUUGUAGCUACUUCGGAAAUAACGUUCUUAGCCGGCAUGGAUAAUCUGUCAACCUCACUGUGCCAGAGGAUAGAUGAUGCUCUGAUAAAGAUGCAAAGGGAAAUUGAUCAAAACAACCAACUGGAGGAGGAAUACCGUCAUAUUCAACAAAAAUGUAUAAUGAAAUCCACAAAUGAGGCUCCACAAGAACUGCAAGAAGAACUAGUAUCUACUGAAUUACCAAAGGCAGUUCCAGACAAGGUAAUCCAUUCUGUCAGUUCCUAACUUCUGCAAUUUCUUGAGAUUCUGGUGUCAUCAUAAUGUAAAUGAACUUAUACAUUUUUGAAUAUACACAUAUUGAAUAUUGGAUCUCCUCCUA